AUGGCUAUUGUUUUGCGUUAUGUCGAUAGUCUUGACUUUGUGAAAGAAAGAUUCAUAGGAAUAGUGCACGUGAAGGAUACAUCUUCUUUGACCCUUAGAAACGCCAUAAAUGAAGUACUUACAAGUAAUAAGUUGAGUUUUAGUCAGAUAAGAGGACAAGGUUACGAUGGGGCUAGCAAUAUGCGAGGGGAAUUCAAUGGUUUGAAAGCUUUGAUAUUACAAGAGAAUGACACAGCUUUUUAUGUACAUUGCUUUGCACACCAACUUCAACCAGUAGUUGUGGCUGUAGUAAAGAAGUAUGAUGGUGUGAGUGACUUUUUUGAGCAAAUUUCGUUGGUGGUUAAUGUUGUUUGUGCCUCGUGUAAAAGAAAAGACUUACUACGAGAGCAAGCAAGAGAAAGGGUGCAAAAAGGCUUGUGUAGUGGUGAUCUUGAAACAGGAAGAGGGUUAAAUCAAGUGACUACACUUGUUCGAGCGGGAGAAACAAGAUGGGGUUCACAUUUCAACACACUCAUAAGUUUGAUGAAGUUGUUUGUGGAUGUUCUUGUAGUUUUAGAUUUUGUGAAAGAGGAGGGAGGGUCAUUGGCAAAUCGUCAACAAGCAUCUGGAAUCUUAGCAUAUUUUAAAUCAUAUGAGUUCGUGUUUUACUUACAUACGAUGUAUGACAUUUUACACCUCACGGGUACAUUGUCAAAGCAACUUCAAAGAAAAGAUCUAGACAUUUUGGAAGCGGCUUCGAUGGUUAGAGGGACAAUGGAGGCAUUGCAGUCUUUUAGAAACAUAGGGUUUGCUAUCAUUUUGCCAAAAAUAUGCAACUUACAGAAUAUCGGGAUCGAUUUAGUGAAACAAGCACCCCAAUUACUAGAAUACAUGGCUGCUUUGAGCCCUUGUGAUUCAUUUGCACAAUUUGACAAAUCAAAGUUAUUGAAGUUGGGUAAGUUAUACAAGUAUGACUUUGAUGAUUCAGAUAUGAUAGACCUCGAAGGACAACUUGGGAUAUUUUAUCACUCUUGCAUUAAAGAUGAGCGUUUCACUAGUUUGAAAGGAAUUUCCGACCUUUCUCGUUUGAUGGUUAGUACAGGGAAGCAUCGGUUUUAUCCUUUGGUUUAUAAGCUUUUAAAGUUGACUGUGAUAUUACCUGUAGUGACCGCAAGUGUAGAAAGAUGUUUUUCAAAGUUGAAGCUCUUGAAGACAGACUUGCGUAACAAAAUUGGCGAUGAGUUUUUGAACGACGCAUUGCUUUGUAAUGUCGAGACGGAAGCACUUACGAAAGUUGAGGAUGAAAAAGUAAUGGAGCGGUUUGAAAAGAUGUAUGCACAAAGAGGACAAAUUUAA